CCCACCAUAUGCUGUCAUUGUUGUAGUAAACACAAGCGUAUCAGCCUCUCCAACAUUAACUUUGCUUACAGAGUGAAACCCUUGUUUGUGGGAGAUCUGUCCACCAUUGCAAAAUGUGAUCACAGUCCAUUGACCCUCAAUAGGGAGGCUUUUGGGUCUACAGUGGGGUCAUGAGACCACCUUUAGUACAGCACAGCGCUUUGCCACCCAAGCUGAACAGUAACAGACUCUGUAUGACAAUAUUCAAGCUUCAAAACUGGAUGUGAUAUCAAGAUGUGGGAUAGUUUUCAUCGAUUUUAAAGGCAUUUCCAUGUGGAAUCAAUGCAGAUUCUGAGAAAGGUAUGUUCAAAUCAGGAGUACGAGCAUGAAAAUUGUCAUUCAUUGGUCAAUGGUCAUUCAUUACUGGGCAAAUUCCAUUGUGUUUAGCAAAAGCGAUGAAUGAUGUGUAGUGAAAGGGUAACUACCUCUCAGAUCAGGAGAGUGUGGUGCUGAUGAGAAUCACUGAGCUGGAGCUAAGAUCUGGAAUAUGAUGCUGUCACACCGUGUUGGACGAGCGUGUCAUGUGCUUGUGCUGGUGUUGUGUCUGUCUACGGCUGAGGACUUCGACUGGUCAGCGAACAACCACGACUCCUUCUAUUAUGGCACUUUUCCAAAUGGAUUUUCGUGGGGCGCCGGCAGUUCAGCCUAUCAAACAGAAGGAGCCUGGGACAAAGAUGGGAAAGGACUGAGCAUCUGGGAUGUGUUCACUCAUAAGAAGGGAAAGACGUUCUUGAAUGAUACUGGAGACUCUUCAUGUGAGGGAUACUACAAAAUCAAGGAUGAUGUUUCGUUGAUAAAAGAGCUGAAUCUGAAUCACUAUCGGUUUUCCAUCUCCUGGCCCAGGAUUAUGCCAACAGGAAUCAGGUCUGACCAUGUGAAUGAGAAAGGAGUGAAGUACUACAGUGCUCUUAUUGAUGAGCUGCAUGAACACAAUAUCACUCCCAUUGUGACCCUUUAUCAUUGGGACCUGCCACAGGUUUUGCAGGAGAAAUAUGGCGGAUGGCAGAACAUCAGCAUGAUUAAUUUUUUCAACGACUUUGCCAAUCUUUGCUUUGAACGCUAUGGGGACCGUGUCAAAUACUGGAUAACUUUUAAUAACCCAUGGUCAGUGGCAGUGGAAGGAUAUGAAACUGGAGAACAUGCUCCAGGACUGAAGCUCAGGGGCACUGGGUCCUACAGAGCAGCUCACCACAUCAUUAAGGCACAUGCUAAGGUUUGGCACACUUACGAUACUCAGUGGCGAAACAAACAAAGAGGUAUGGUGGGUAUUUCACUGUCCGGGGACUGGGGCGAGCCUGUGGACCUCACUAAUCAGAAGGACAUUGAGGCUGCAGAGAGAUAUGUCCAGUUUUACAUAGGCUGGUUUGCUACACCCAUCUUUCAUGGAGAUUAUCCUCAAGUGAUGAAGGAUUUCAUAGGGAGAAAAAGCGCAGAGCAGGGUUUGGGAACGUCUCGCCUUCCCACCUUUUCUUCUCAGGAGAAGAGUUACAUCAAAGGCACUUCUGACUUCCUAGGCGUGGGGCACUUCACCACACGCUACAUCACCCAAAAGAGCUUCCCUUCCAACCGUGGCUCCACCUACUUCUCAGAUCGGGAUGUAGCAGAGCUGGUCGACCCACGUUGGCCUGAUCCUGGUUCGGAGUGGCUCUACGCGGUUCCUUGGGGCUUCCGCCGUCUGCUCAACUUUGUUAAGACUCAAUAUGGGAACCCCAUGAUCUUCAUCACUGAGAACGGGGUCUCAGAGAAGAUGAUGUGCACAGAACUCUGUGAUGACUGGAGGAUACAGUAUUACAAGGGUUACAUCAAUGAGAUGCUUAAAGCUAUCAGGGAUGGAGUGAAUGUGAAGGGCUACACCGCUUGGUCCCUUCUGGACAAGUUUGAGUGGGAUGAGGGCUAUUCAGAGAGGUUCGGCCUUUACUAUGUGGAGUUCAGGAACAAAAAUAAGCCUCGCUACCCCAAGGCCUCUGUUCAGUUCUACAAACGCAUCAUUAAGUCUAAUGGAUUUCCCAAUCAGAGAGAGGUUGAGAACUGGAAAAGAAAAGCUACAGAGACUUGCUCCACCAGCAAUCAGCUCCUGGCUGCAGAGGAACAGCGGAAUACGGCUGCCAAUAUUCUAAGGCUUAUUCAUGAUCCUUUAACCAGCCACAUGGAGAUGGUGACCGAGGUUGUGGUUCCCACAGUGUGCACCCUCUGCAUUUUGAUCAGCGCUGUCUUUCUCAUGUUCCUACUCCGCAAACGAAACUAACUUACUUUUUUUUUUAAAGGAAACGAACUGAAUUCAGCCCUUGUUUCUUGGUUAAUACUGUUUGCGAAGAGAAGGUUAAGGACACUAUGCUGAAUUUAAAUGAUAUAGGCAAAUAGUCAUCUGCUUUUGGAAAUUAUUUUUCUCUAUGUAGACAAAACUUGUUGUCUUAAACCCUGUUGAAGCUUAAACUUCUGCAAACUGAAGUGGUUGCAUAUACACUGCUAUUCAUAAGUUUGGGGUCUGUAAGUUUUUAAGAAAUUUAUAUUUUUAUUCAGCUAGGAUGCAUUAAAUGGAUCAAAAGUGAUAAUAAAGAUGUAAAUGCUACAAAAGUUAAAAAAAUUUUUUAUUUCAAAUAAAUGCUUUCUAUUCAUCAACAAAUCCUGAAAAAGUAACAAGGUUUCCACAGAAAUAUUAAGCAGCACAGUUAUUUAAAAUUGCAAUAUUUCACAAUACUAUUUUUGUAUUAUCAAAUAAAUGUAGCACUUUGAUCAUGACUCUUCUUUAAAAAACAUUUAAAAAAUGACCCCAAACUUUUGAAAAGUAUUGUGCAUAAGCAAAUUAAAACUACUGCAUAAAAAAUUUAAUAAAUAAAUAUGACAUUUGACAUGACAUUUUCUGUGAGUUCAUUUCUAUGAUAUGGAG